AUGCGGUGGACCCUGCUGCUACUGCGGCUGCUGAAUGUGCUGCACCGGAGCCAGGCAGAGACUUUCCAGGAGAAGGUCCCGCUCUUCCGACUCACUCAGCAGGGGCCCUGGGAGAGUGACGCCAGCAAUGCCACGGGCUCGCCCUGCGAGGGGCUCCUGGCCACAGGAGCCUCGGCCUUGAACCUGGCCAACCGCAGCCUGGAGCGCCUGCCCAGCUGCCUGCCUCGCUCGCUGCACAGCCUCGACGGCAGCCACAACCUGCUGCGCGCCCUGAACAUGCCCGAGCUCCGCCACCUGCCGCAGCUGCAGGUGCUGACGCUGCGCCACAACCGCAUCGCAGCGGUGCGCUGGAGCCCCGGCGGCCCAGGGGGGCUGCACACGCUGGACCUUAGCUACAAUCAACUGGCCGCCCUGCCUCCCUGCGCGGGGUCUGCGCUAAGCAACCUCCGCGUGCUGAUCCUUGCCGGGAACCCACUGCAGGCGCUGCAGCCUCGGGCCUUCGCCUGCUUCCCCGCGCUACAGCUCCUCAACCUCUCGGCCUCCGCUCUGGGCCUCGGAUUCCAGGGUGGCAUCACCGACGGAGCGUUCGCUGGGGCGGAUGGCGAGCCUCUGGCCGCGCUCGAAACCCUGGAUCUCAGCAGCACAUACCUAGAGCGAGUUGAAACUGGGUGGAUCAGAGACCUGCCGAAGCUCACGUCCCUUUACCUGAGGAAGAUGCCCAGGCUGAGGAUCCUGGAGGGAGACAUUUUCAAGAUGACCCCUAACCUCCAGCAUCUGGAUUGUCAGGCCUCCCCAGCACUUACUUCCGUCCACACACACAUCUUUCAAGACACUCCUUGUCUACAGGUCCUUCUGUUCCAGAAUUGCAACUUGAGUUCCUUCCCUCCUUGGACCAUGAAUUCCUCCCAGGUUCUGUCCAUCAACCUCUUCGGCAACCCUCUCACUUGCAGCUGUGAGCUGUCCUGGCUCCUUGUGGAUGCAAAGAGAACUAUCCUAAGCAGGGCCAAAGACACUAUGUGCAUACCAGCUGCUGGAUCUGGAGGUCCCUUCUCGGUUCCUCUUCUGCUCUCCCAGCUGCCUGAUCUGUGCAGGUCAGACCACAGGACCACCGUCCUGGCUUCAAACCCACCCUCCUUUGACCACUCAGGCUAUACACCAUCUACACAGGGUCCCUCCACCCAGCCUUCAGGAGGCCAACAGAGCGUCACCAACACCCCCUCCCACCCUGCGGUUUCCCUCUCACAAGCUGCAUGGACUCAUGGUGAUGCUGGGGAGGGGACUGCCCAGUCCAGUGUCAACUCCACGGCAAGUUACUAUAACUUCAGUGUUCCACCCAAUGCUGCCAGCACAGCUGGGACAAAUCAUGGAGGAAAACAUACUACCAGGAUUGUCCUUGAAACUGAUGUCUCAGCUGCCUCCACCCCACAGGCCAGCAAACACCGUGGUCCCUUCCCCACCUCAAGGAACCCCGUGCACACAUCUCAGACUGAUCAGAGGUCACAGGCCACCCCCCAGGUUCCCCAGCCGAGUCCUUCGGAGGGUGGGAUUCCAGUCGUCUUGUUGGAUGACUAUGGUGAAGAGGAAGGGACCAAGGAAGAGGUGAGAGCACCUGAACAGUAUGUCGCUUGUGAUUACCAUCCAUGCAAGCACUUGCAGACCCCAUGCGCCGAACUGCAGAGGCACUCAGGGUGCAGCUGCCCUGGCCUCAGCCGGGAAGACACUAUUCCAGACCCCCCCAGGCUGCAGGGGGUGUCAGAAAUGACAGACACAUCAGCACUCAUCCUCUGGUGUGCCCCCAACUCAGUGGUGCAUAGGUACCAGAUCCGCUACUUCGCAGAGGGCAAGGCAGAGAACCAGACAGUGGUAGAGAACAUCUAUGCCACCGCCCGUCAGCACCCUUUGUAUGGGCUCUCGCCUGGCACCACAUACCGCGUGUGUGUGCUGGCAGCCAACAGGGCUGGCCUGAGCCUGCCUCGGGCCUCAGGCUGGAGGAGGGCAUGCACCAACUUCACCACCAAGCCCAGCUACUUGGGCAUCUUGGCAGGACUGUGUGCAACCAGCAGUCUUCUGCUUAUCAGCACGCUAGUGCUGUCUGUGUGUCUCUGCAGGCGGGGUUGGACAUCACACAGGCAGCGCUACGAUACACACUUGGUGGCCUUCAAAAACCCAGUGAUGGCUGAAAGCGUAGCUCAGUGGUAG